GCACAUGCACGACUUGACCUCAGCUCUAGCUGGCAAGUCUAUCUUCAGCAAAGUCGACUUAGUUCGCGCCUACCAUCAGAUACCUGUGGCGCCAGACGACAUUGCUAAAACUGCAGUCAUUACGCCAUUCGGCCUAUUCGAGUACCUCAGAAUGCCUUUCGGCCUCAGCAACGCUGCCCAAACUUUUCAGCGUUUCAUUCAUGAGGUAACGCGAGGACUCGAAGGCGUUUAUCCUUAUCUAGAUGACAUUCUUAUCGCCAGCUCUUCUAAUGACGAACAUCUUCGUCACCUCGACGCACUCUUCCAACGCUUGACGCAGCAUGGGGUUACCGUCAACCCCGAUAAAUGCGAGCUUGGCCAAAGUUCCAUCGACUUUCUUGGCCACCGCAUAUCUACCUCUGGUAUCGAAGCCCUGCCAGACAAAAUCCAGGCACUGAAGGACUAUCCUGCUCCCAGUUCCUUCAAGCAGUUACGCCGAUUCCUUGGCCUGGUCAACUAUUACAGACGCUUUAUACCUAACUGCGCGAGCAUUGUUCAACCAAUGACUGACUUGCUCCGCCGUAAACAACGGUCUUUUCACUUUACAGACGACGCUAAAUUGUCUUUCGAGAAGCUUAAAGACGCUAUCUCCAACAUAGCGCUUCUCGCCCAUCCAGACACAUCUGCACCACUCUCCCUGACAACUGACGCAUCAGACACUGCCGUCGGUGCAGUUCUUCAACAACUCAUCGACCAUCGAUGGAUACCUCUAGGUUUCUUCUCAAAGCGCUUACAACCUGCCGAAUCGCGAUACAGCACCUUCGGUAGGGAACUGUUAGCUAUCUACCUAGGUAUCCGACAUUUCCGUCACUACCUCGAAGGUCGACAUUUCACCGUCUUCACCGACCACAAGCCAUUGAUCUACGCAAUCAAUGACGCAACAGACAAGUAUUCACCGCGGGAAACUAGACACCUAGACUACGUUUCUCAGUUUACGACAGACGUACGUCAUGUCUCAGGUGCUCUCAAUCCCGUCGCGGAUGCGCUUUCACGCAUUCAGCAGAUCAGCUUAUCGCCUGACACCAACAUUGAUCUAGCCGCUAUGGCUGCUUCCCAACAAGCUGAUCGCGACAUAAGCAAGCCACAACGCAACACCACUGAGACGAUCAACAUCGAUCGACUCAAGCCAGCAUUCCUCGACAAGUCUGACUCUUCGGUGCAACAAGCACCUUCACAGCCUGUGCCAUCACAGCUGGCACCGCAACCUCAGACGAGUCAGUCAGCUCCAGCAGAACCGACAACAUCAACCGACCGCACCCCUACUCGCCCUACACUCAAUCGACGCGGUAGGAAACUCAAGCCUCCAGUUCGUUUUUCAGACUUUGUCAGCACUUACUAUUUUACGUAGAACGUGCCUUAGAAAUUUCUCGCUCUUACUAAACGUUUUUGAAAAUCCACAAAAAAAGACCAAAACGUUUUGAAACUACCAAAAUAGAGCAAAACUUUUUGAAAACCCAAAAACAGCUUUGCACGUUUUUCGCUUU